UCUUGAGUCAAAAUUUAAUCGAAAAUGGAGGAAAUUACGCAAAAAGUGAACUAUUUUUCGAUACGAUUGUGUAAACUAUGAUAUGUUCCUGUACCUCAUGACCAUAUCGAUAUCGCUGGUGUUGAUCAUGGAAAACAACGGAACCCCAUUAAUGUCCCUAUUGGAUGGCUCAUUUCUGGAGGCUUACAACCGUUCGACAGAGAGCCCUCAAGGCGGGCUCAGUUCUUAUCCGUGGAGAAGUUCUGGAGCUGGGCUAAAGUCUUCUACAGAUCGAACUAGAUUUAGUACAAAUUUAAGCAGAAAGCGUCGAAAGGGGAUGGGUAGAACAUAUCCCGAAGAGGAGGAGAGGAAAAGAAUUGAGAGGCUAUGGGAUCCCGUUCUUAAUCAAAGCUACGACUUUUCUAGCUCUGAGGAGUACAAUACGACUUUUAAAACAAGAAGUGAAAAAAUUGGUCUGGAAGAUACAGAACUCAUACAUAAGAAUAUGUCGGAGCAAAAGCGAAGUGAGAACUCAACUCACCUCGUUUAUAAUGCAGUCAUUACCGAAAAGAGUCAUGAAAACGAAAACCAGACGGAUGAAAACGGAAUCGAAGAAAGGCAAUCACAAAUCCCAAAUGUCUCAUCCAGCUAUAAUGACUUCCCAAACGAUGAUGAGUAUUGGUUUCCCAUCUAUAAUUACAGUUCAACCUGCAUAUAUUACAACUCUACAGAGUUUCAAAAUCAAACUGUCAAUGAUCACAAUUAUACGGGACCAUGCCUUGUUUCAGAAGUUAAUGGUACGAUAAGUUCUGUAAGAAAGCAACUAUUGAUUGGGAGUAUCAGUGGCCGGAACUUUAGAACCGAAAUGCAGAGCCAGAGCCAAAAUCUAUUAAAGGUGCACUUAUUCAUGAACCCCAAUCCAGUUUAUGAACAAAAGUACUCAAUUUUCACCACUAUGCCGAAACUGGGAAACACGAACUUUGUGCUUAACAUUACUGUAGAUACCAAUGAUUAUCUAAUUGAUGAGGUAAAUACGACAGUCAGUUUCAGAUAUAGGGCUUGGAGUUACACCCACGACCUUCGGAAGUUAUUGCGAAACUGGGGCAUAAAAAGUAAGCGAAUUCCUUACAAUAGUUGUCAUUUCCAUCGAAGCUCGGCUCGAUUCUACAAUACGAAACAUAAAUACAUCAUUGCUAAAGUAAGUCCUUCAAAGGACAGACGAAAACUGUUGGCACAAAUAGUGCGUUUUAAAAUUACUGUACACAGACCACCAAAAGUGCCGUGCCUACCCGCUUUGGAGUUGGAAUUUUGCCAAAAUCCCGAAAAACCCGUGUUUUUCUCCCCCAUUGGUCAUCUAGAAUUUUUCGCGACAAUUAGCGAUGCAUGCUCCACGUUGGAGUAUGAUAAAAUCGAAUGGCAAUUUUGUGAUAUCACAGAGAAAAAAAUCAUAGCUCGUUUAGAAGGUUCCACUGGACUGGUGGUGAAGCUACUGCCCUACAAGGUCCACCUCCUACACUAUCCGGAAAGGAGCAGAGUCUUCAUGUUGCGAGGUGAAGUUGUGAUGAACGGCAUAACCACAGUAGCUCGUUGCUAUAUGAAGUACAGACCGCCGCCAAUUGAGCCCCAAAUCAAAGGCAAUGAGCGACGACUGGUCGACGUCAGAAAACCCAUUUUUAUUGACGGGUCCAGCUCGAAGGACAGGUUGACAAAAAAGGAAUCCAUUAAGUCAAAGCGCUUCUUGUGGAGUUGCCUCAGUUCAGACGAUCCAUCGAACAAGUAUUGCCAAAAGGAUAUGUCCGAGAGGUAUAUUGAACGCUUUUUUAUAGGCCCGAAGCUGAGACUGCCCCCAAAUGCUCUUAAGGUGGGUGCCGUUUACGACUUCAGUUUGACCGUCAUCUCGCGCUCCGAUCCGCGGAACCGCAAGACCACAUCCCAAAAAAUUAAAGGCACCGCCAAAACAUGCUUCACGCCCCAAAUCCUCUGCCGUAGAAAUUGCAAUCUAGGUGUUUAUGCUCCAUUGGACAGCGUGCACCUGAUCCCCAAAUGCGAUGACUGCCCGGGAAAGGUUAAGCGGUAUGAGUGGUGGCUGCUGGAUCCAGGCUCACCGCCCUAUCUGGAAUCUUCUCAUAAAUAUCUGAUUAUCCACACCAACGAGAGCAUCGUUCAUAUCCGUCUGCGGGUGUGGGUAAGGGGCAAUAGGUGGGCGGAUGCAUUUUACACGCUGCGAAGGAACAACGGCCCCCAAAAUGGCACCUGCACAAUCAAUCCGCGUUUGGGCAUCGAGAGCUUGUCCAUGUUCGAGAUCAACUGCCCGGGAUUUGAGUCGCCUUUCCGGCCAAUAACCUUUCGCUACAUGGUGUCCUAUGCAGUUGUGGCCACCAAUGUGCCGUAUUCGAGGAUUGUGAUCCCUCUACCGGCUACAGAAAUCGUCAUGAUUUCCAUAUGUGACGCCCUUGACAUGUGCGUCGAAAAAACAUUAAGAGUGAGAGUAUUGGCGUUAGAUAAAGGAAUAAUAAGUGGGAUAGACGACUUAAUGGAGAAUGUGCCGGAUUUAUUGCAGCACGGUCACUGGAAUAGAGCCUAUAUCAGGGCAAUAGCUGCCACCACCUUCCUAGACCUGUCAAUCGAUGGAUUUGAACUGUACUCGUAUCUGGAGGGCUUGUUCGCCUCGACGGGCUCGCAGUUGGAGCAGAUUACCUCGGUGGCCGCUCACAUGCUGAUUCAGCUGCAUCCAAUCGACUUUCGUGGAGCCAUCGUCAUGGCGGACCUGUUCCACAUAAUGGGCGACACCUUCUUGGAGAUCGCUCUGGACCACGAGUGGCUGCAUCGGCAGGGCUACUUCUCCUUGUCGGCCAUGCAUAUGUUCUUCAUGACACUUCUGGGGCAGAAAACCCAAAGUUAUUCGAACGCCAUGUGUAGUCUGCAUAAUCCCGCGUGCAUGAAUUUGCAGAGAAUCGAUUUGGAGAAACCGUUCGUUAUCAAGUUCGAUCCACUCAUCUUGGAGCGCGUUAAUAGCUGGCUGAUGAGUACGUGGUUCCUGUACAGGUGCAUCUUCUUCCUCGGUGUCAUUGCCACUCAGAGACAUCAUCCCUAUGACGACGCCAUGACAAUCUACCAGAGCGGCAUUGCGUACCAGAUUAAUGUGACUGAGGUGACACAGAACGCCCAGGACAUCAAGCUGAAGACAAUAGACCACAUCCACCUUAUCAAGAUAUCGACAAAGCUGCUCUUCGAACUAAAACACAGACUGAACCACAGCACUAUUCUGCUCCAGGUCAUCUCGCAGCAGAACUUCCACAACAUCUACUGGUGGUAUCCAGACCCAUUGCCCUCGAAGACCAGCGUGCUCAUCGUUCACGCCUACAGUCCAGUUAAGUUUUUCAGGAGCGCCAAAGAGUUACAGUUGAAGAAUCCUUUAGUAUACAAGACGAACAUUACGCAGUUCAACGACCAGUCCUUCAAUCAGUACAUGACCAACAAUAGUAUCCAGAAUAGCACGGAAGUCCACAUCUACAGCUUGAUGCUAAACCACAAGGCCAUGUUGGCAGUGCGAAUCGUGAAUUGUUCAGAGCUAAUGUACGUCAAGAUGCGACUGCACAGAUGGCCAACACUCGGGCAGAUAAGGCAGCAGGCUUGUCGAAUCACUCCUGAUAUGAAGGGCAAACGCAUCUGGAUGGCCAACUCCUGCGAACGGUGCCCGGCAUACGUGGCCAUUCACAAGCCCGGUGAAAUCCGAUAUAAAAACGAUGAGGAGGAAACGCUGAAGCCGCGGGGAAUGGAGAAGGGAAACAAAUCGCAUAGAGCACCGAAUGUGAGAAAACAUUCGGACUACGUGGACUAUGAGAAUGAGGAAGUAGUAAAGGAGGUGGAUUAUCUGAACUACUCGAUACUCCUGGAAAUAUACCAGUGCAACAUCUGGAUGAAUCGUUCAUUGGAUCCCGGCUGGAGCGAGGAGUUCUGCACCACCACCUUUGAGCACAGUCGCGGGUCAUCUGUUCAGUGCACUUGCUACACCCUGGGAGCCCUAUCAUCUCGAAUCUUUCCCAUCUCAACGGAGUUGUUUGUAGAGCACAUACCCGUGCCCACAUUCGUGUUUAACAUGACCCUGCUGGUAUUUUUCGUCCUGCUUUGCCUGUUGCUUAUCUUCAAGUGGCUCCUGCACCUCAACAUUAUAUCCGCCUAUCUGAGGAAUCCGGAAUUUCUGCAAUGCGAUAUGUCAAUGGCAAAGUCGGAUCCAUCGUUCAGGGAUGGGCCGGAGAUCCUAGUCGUGAUUGUGACUGGUGGUCAGGAGUUUGCCGGAACAACAUCGAACAUAAAGUUCUACCUCAAGUCGCCGCAUCGCCAGCAAACAUCGUAUCAAAUCACUCAGGAUCCCGGACACCCGAAAUUGGUGAGGAACAGCACCAUUAAGAUUACGGUUCCGCGUGGACACAUCUAUAUUCCAACCCGAUUGGCCCUGCGUCUCGUUCCCAAUGGUCGGUAUCCAUCGUGGUACUGCCGCGCCAUAAUAGUCGUCGAUCUGAAGUUGAAGGUCCAGCAGCUGUUCCUGGUGGAGAGCUGGAUUGACCGGAAGAGCCACAUGCAGUUCAUGCGAUCCAAGUACUUCACACACGGCAGCUACCGCCGAUCUCCCAAGUACACGUGGUGCAAGAGGUUCCGGACUCGAGUGGAGCAGCUGUAUGUCAGCUGGUACUUAAUCAAUGCGAUUACCGGGCCAUCGCAAAGUAAGGCUGGGGGCAUCAUCAUGAAGCGAUUCGAACGCACCUGCGUGUGGAUCUGCAAAACUGCCAUUACUCUGGUGGUGGUGGCCUUGUACUUCGGCAAGCACACGGUGCAGUCCAUUCAGGAGGAGACCAGGCAAAAUAUUGACAACGGCCUGCAAGUUAGCUUAGUCGCCUUUCUGGGUUUUUACGCUUUUGUAAUUGGUUUACUUGUUCAUUUGUUGUUUGAAGUCGUCAUCUUGCGUUGGAUAUGGCCAGAAACGUGAAGAAAGAGUAAGCAAGUAGCUACUGUAAUGAACUUUCUUAUACAAAAAUAAAUUAAAUAUUAUUAGGCAUACAUAAUUUAAAAGUGUUUGAU